CUACUAACAAGAAUUCAAUAAAAUUCGACACGCCUUCUCUGUGGUGAGUAGAUAACAAAGGCAAACGAUUUAUCGCUCUCAUUUGCGACCAAGAGCUUUCUUAGGUUUCAUUUCCCUGAAGACCACCAGCGCAACACUUCUCAAGACUGAAAGUAAGUCAUGGCACAAUCAACUACUACGAUUGUGACAACCCAGCAUGUCUCUUCUGGCACCUGGACUACAGGCAUUUGUGACUGCUGUUCUGAUAUGGGAACUUGUUGCUGUGCCCUGUGGUGUUUCCCGUGCAUGCAGUGUCAGACUGUGUCUCAGUUUGGUUGGUGUUUCUGCAUGCCAUUGCUGGACUGCUGCAUGGUGGUCUCCUGCUGUCUCCGCCAGAAGAUGAGAGAACAAUACAACAUUCAUGGUUCAUGCUGCGAUGACUUUUGCACUCUCUGCUUCUGUUAUCCUUGCGCCUGGUGUCAGAUGUCUCGAGAAAUCAAGACUCGUGCUCGUUCUGGCGCUGUGAUCACCCAACAAGUCAUUCAUAGUUAGAGAUCAGUUUUGCUUCAAGUUCUGGUAAUAUGGGCAAAAAUAUAUGGAGGUGGCGAAAACUUUUGCCCUCUACCAAGGGUUGCGAUGUAAAAAGUCUUUUCAGACCUUUUUAUAAGUUGUCUUAUCCUGUUAUGCUCCUGUUGUACAAUGCUUAUAUUCUGCAACCAUUACAUAGCUUUUUGUAACUCACUUCUUUUCAUACUAUUCUGUAGAUUACAAAACAUAUGCACAACAUAGACAUAUAGUAUAUGUACUGCAAGUUAUUAUCAAAACAACAGAUAUCUAUAAAUCAUCCUUAUUGCAUACAUUAUAUUAUUACUACUAUAAUAUAGUAUUACAAAUAUAUUAGUUUACUCUGUUAGUUCACUGUUAAUUCAUUUUGAAUUAGUUCUUUCCAGUAAUAAAAUUAUGAGGUAAAAGCC